AUGGCUCGCACAGGUCCCCCGCCAGGAAUCUAUGUCCCCACUUUAUGCUUUUUCAAGGGAGAAAAGCAAGAAGUUGACCACGAAACCAUCACAAAGCACGUACAAAGGCUUGCCAGGGCAGGAGUCCGAGGCCUCGUUGCGAACGGUACAACUGGUGAACCAUCGCACCUGUCUCGCGAUGAACGAGUGGCCGUGAUAAAAACGCAUCGCACUGCAUUGGAUAGUGCAGGAUUCCAGGAUUUACCUUUGAUUGUCGGGACAGCAGUGUCAUCUACCUGGGAAACGAUCGAAAUUACCAAGGAAGCUGCCGAGGCGGCGACGUUUUUCACCGAAGUAGCAGAUGCCUCUCCGAUUCCAAUUUUACUAUAUAAUUUCCCAGGCGUUGGGGCAUCCAAUGGUAUCGACCUCGAUUUGAAUCUUAUCUCGAAACUUGCCAAACACCCGAAUAUUGUUGGAAUCAAGCUCUCGUGUGGAAACUUGGGGAAGGCAGCACGACUCACCGCUCUGUAUUCCCAAGAUGAGUUUGCGAUCUUCAUGGGCCUUGCCGAGACUCUAUUGCACGGGUUGGCUGGCUCUGGGAUUCCGGCAUGUGUGCACGUGUAUGACCUCUAUGCAAAGGGCGAUCUGGAGGGUGCCAAACAGGCCCAGAAAGAGCUUACCGCAGCAGCGGCAAUCGAACUCGGGGGAGGUAUUCCUGCUAUGAGGUACGGCUGCGUGCACUACUUUGGGUAUGGGGGAGAAUCACGCCGCCCCUUCCAGUCUAUUACCGAAGAGAUCAAAAGCAAGACAGUUGCAUGGUUGGAUCCAUUGAUGGAUAGGGAAAAAUGA